AUGGGCUCUUCUCAAUGUACUCCAUGAUGGCUGCCCCAUCGGCGGGGCUGACGAGAGCUCCAGGAUGCUCAAGCCGUUGGAAGAAGAGGUUGUAGCUCGUGGGGCUUAUGAAGAUGCCCCCUGAAACUUCGGCAGCGGCGGUGAAGCUUAUGGCGAUGCCGGUGGAGGCAAACGAAGGGGUCUGGCAGACGACGAUCUUCCGGCCGACUUGUUUUAAAGACGUGAUAUUGUUGCAGGCGCCCAUGAACACGAGAGGUGAUUCGUCCAGGGCCGCUGCCCCCACGUAGGGUGAUGUACCGAUUAUGGAUCUCCCGUCGCCGAGUUCCACCGUCCCGGCGAACUCCCGGUCGAGGUCGCCGGCGCCGACGGUGA